AUGAAGCCCUUCCAGACACAUUUGCUUUUGUGUGUCUUGCUAUGGACAGUUCACACAUCAGCUGUCAAGUCUUCAGUGGGCGCACAUUUCAGAAGCACUAGGAACCAUGCUGGAAAAGGACGUACUGACACACAAGCACAAUCGCACACUUUUACAGCCAUCUCAGGGAACUCUGCUCUUCAGGCAGAUCAAGCUACUGAUUUAUCAGUGUCCCCUGUGAGGAGAGUCCUGAAAGGUCGAAGACCUGUACAAAGUUCAAACGUACAGCCAGUCAGAAAACCUAACGUUCCUAAUAAUAAUGCAGUCCCCAGUCUGCCCCGACAGGGCCCUCAGAGCUCUCAUGUCCGUAUGGCCAAUGGAACAGGCCCCAUAAAUAUUCUUGCCAGUUUUGCAGGCAAGAACCGAGUUCUGGUCAUUUCGGCGCCUCAUGAUUCAGACGGCUACUACAGGUUGAUGAUGAGCUUACUCAAGCCAGAUGUGUACUGUGAGAUGGCAGACCGACAUAUGCAGCAGAUUGUCAUGUUUCAUAGGAAGGAAGAGAUGGGUGGAAAAGUCAGACGCGUAAACAAUCAAGGCUCGAUCGUUGAGGAGCCGUUGGAUCCAGCCUUGGUACCCAAGCUGAUGAGCUUUCUAAAGCUAGAGGAGGGCAAGUUUGGCAUGGUGCUGCUAAGGAGAACCCUGCAAGUAGAGGAAAGGUAUCCCUAUCCGGUGAGGCUAGAAGCUGUUUACGAGGUGAUAGACCAGACGCCAAUGCGCAGACAUGAGAAAGUCAGGCAGAAAGGAUUUGUGGAGAGGUGUAAGGCCAUGGGAAUGGAAGGAAAGGUGGUACAUCCUGUUGAGACUGAGAUAGAAGGCUCCAAACUCAGUGUGCAGACUGAAAACCAAGAUAUUGAGAGACUGAAAGUGGCAAGACCUACUCCACAGCCUACUUUAAGUAGUACAACACAAUCUACUACUACCCAAACAACAAGAAAAACAACUACAACUACCUCUACUACAAAACCAACAACAACAAUCACAGCUAUGACUCUACCUGCUUUAACUACUACCACUGCACCCACAACUACUCUUCCCUCGACAACCACCACACUACCUACCUUAUCCACCAAAGCAGCACAUAGACGCCCCCACAAAUUACCCCACAAACGCAAAGGCCACCUAAGCCCCUUAGAACCCACCAAUCAGCCUGUUACUUCCAACCGCCAAAGAGAAAACACAGUAACCUUCCCCUCCAUUAGCCCUGAUUUUAAUACUCACCACACAGACAAACACAGAGACCGCUCAGAUAGGAUUUCACCUGAAGGCCGCAAACAGAAGCCUAUCAAGGUUAAAACACCAAAGGGAAAAAAUAAAAACGUAGGGAGGGAGCAAAUCAAUGAACAUACAGAAGACUAUGAGGAAGCAAAGCCUACAGCAAGUAAACUAUUGGAGGAAGUUAUGCCCACCAAAGCAGGAAAAAAAACACGGGAAAAAGCUGAGAAGAAAGGUGAGAAGAAAAAGACAAAGAGACCCAUGAAGCCUGUGAAAAACACUGAAACAAAACCACCUAAAGCUUCCAAGGAUGAUGAUGCUAACAGUAAUUCAGCGAAAAAAGCAAGCAGCCAUAAGGACACAAAUGCCAGCAAACCAACUGUAAAGCCUACAGAAAAGACGGCACUAGAGUUGUUCCUUGGUUAUUUUGAGAAAAAGAGACGUCUACUUGUAAUCACCACCCCUGAUGAAAACAGCAAAAUGUACAAUCAGCAGAGGGAUGAGUAUCUGGAGCAGGUCUGUGACAUGGCCCUACGCAAGAUCUCCAUCAUUACCAUUUUUGGCCCCCUAGCAAACGGGACCAUGAAGAUUGACCAUUACCAGAUGGAACAAGAUAAACCACUGAGUGGCCUUCCAGACAGUGACCUUAUUAAUCAGCAGCUCAUUACGGCAUUCCGGAAGCAUCUUGGCAUGUUUCAUAAUGACUUCUACAUGGUGCUAACUGACUUUGACAUUAAAGUGAAGCAACAGUAUGAAGUUCCGAUCAUCAUGAAGGCAGUGUUUGACUACAUCGAUACAUUCUCAUCACGCCUAAAAGAGAUGGAAAGUCAAAGGAAGCUCGGAAUAAUUUGCAAGAAAGAAGACAAAUCCAGAUCGCUGGAGAAUUUCCUCUCUAGAUUUCGUUGGAGACGAAGGCUGCUCGUCAUCUCCGCCCCUGAUGGUGAGGAAUGGGCCUAUCAGCAGCAGCUUUAUGCCUUAAACAGUCAGACCUGCAAUCUUGGACUGCGUCACGUGUGUGUGCUGAAGCUGCUGGGGCAGACCAUGGAGGACAUAGGUGGGGUGUUGGAUCUCUACCCUAUCAAUGGAAGUUCAAAGACGGAACGUGAAGACCUUUCUGCACCCCUGGUGCGUGACCUCCGAAACUACUUUCAGGUCAGUCCAGACUACUUCUCCAUGCUUCUGGUGGGUAAAGAUGGAAAUGUGAAGUCUUGGUACCCAUCACCUAUGUGGUCCAUGUCCACCAUCUAUGAGCUAAUCGACUCCAUGCAGCUGCGCAGGCAGGAGAUGGCCAUCCAGCAAUCGCUCGGCAUGCGCUGCCCUGAAGAGGAAUAUGGUUACCAUGAGGAAUAUCAUGAAGGCUAUCAUCGUGGUUAUGGUUACUAAAUAGAAGGAAAGGAGAAAAGAUUUUUCAGUUUUUAUUCUUUACUGUCAGUAUAAAUUGUUUUUUACUCUCUUCCUGACAGGGAUGUUAAAAUGAUGUCAUUAUUUGUUAGACUGAAUUAUUACUAAGACAGCACUAAAAUUCCAUUUGAGAAUGGAAAGUGACAGAUGCUCUUUUUUUCUUUUUACUUUGUUUUUUUUCUGCCUGUUUGCAUUAGAUGAGUCACAUAUCUGUAAGUGUUUAGAAUCAUGGUGUACUGGAGGUGUUUUUCUCCUGCUGUUAUUUGAAUGUAUUUUAUUUUAUACGGGUUUCUACUUAAAUGACAUGCCUGUAAGACAAUCAAAUCAUGCAUCAGUAAAAAAAAGUGGGUGCUCAUGUAGCACAAGGUUCUAAUCUGGUAGCCCACCACUGCAAAGAGUUGGACUGUCAGCGGAGCUACCGGUAACAGCAAUGACUCCUACUGUCUGGUCAAGUGUGUUCCCUUAUGCAUUAUGGGACUGACAAAUGUCAGAUGAAUAAAUGCAAUUA